AUGCCUCUCCCUCGAGGAGUCUCUCUACGGCACAUGCAGGCACUUCCCACCGGUCGCUCGCUGCUCCGACCCCAACGGCGCUGGGCGCGGGUCCACGAUGUCCGCUUCGUAACGACACAUCGGGAUCAAGAGAAGAUUUUAGACCGUUAUAGACAUAAGCUGGAGCAGAAGGCGAAGGAAGAAGGACAUAAUUCCAUAUUCUCCCUCACGGAGGCGUACAAGGAUAAGAUAGAGGACUACAAGCGGGCAGCCAAUGCCACAUAUUCAUCUGCACCCACAGGCCAGAGCCAGCAAGCACAACAAUCUCCAUUCCCACAGCCUCCACCUCCUCCAACACCUACACAGCAACCAUUAUCUUCUGCGAGUCAGCCACAAGAGAAAUCUUCCGCCCCCAAUCAAUCAUCUGGCGCCCCGGGAAUAAAGCCUCUCUCCUCAUACCUUGACCUCGACAAAGUGUCUUCUCUCUCUAACAAAGAGGUGGAAUACGUCUGGCGGGUUCGGCAUGCAAACGAUCCGUUGUCGCUCUGUGCCGCCAUACCAUUGGAAACAUACAAUCGCAUCUACCGCACCGCAAUGAAACACCCACAAUUUGUCCUUCCCUUACCUCGCCCGGCAGCUGAAGAUGGCAGCGGCGACGUAAAACAAUCAGCCGACGGAUUUCAGGGUGACGAACAACGGUCUGCUGCGGAUAUUCAUUUCAUGCAAUGGGGAUUCCAUCCCCCUGCCGGCGUUCCCCCGACUCCAGGUGUAAAAACUGCAAAUACCCAUACGAGCACCGUAAUCUUCACGCACUUGGCUGCCUUCAAGCUUUACGGAACCUAUGCUCAGCCGCAUACGACGAUCACCCACUACCUCGAUCUCGCCGACUCGCACGGUCUGGUGUUGCUAAGCGGAUCUGUUGUCAAAGGGCGCGGGUUGAGCGUGGAAGAAGGCCGUUGGCUUUUGAUGUGCCUUCAGAAAUUCUAUGACUAUGAAGGUCACGGUGGGGGCGUUGGACGUGAAAAGCGCCAAGGGCUUUUGGAGAAAUUCAGCAAAGGCGACCAGGGAUUCGAUCUGGAAGAGUUGAUCGACGAAGCCGAGAGGAUAUCAUGA